AUGUCCGCCGCAACAGCAGGCAUCGCAAGCAGGACAUUUGCGGCCCCGCUCCCGCGCGCCGCGUUCUCCACAGCACCGUCCCGAGCGGCCACGGGUGCCGGCCCCGCGCCGGGAAAGAACAACAGCGUCAGCGACAUGAAGAACAACAGGCCGGGCGAGGGCACGGUCGAGAUUCCCGUUUUCAGCCUCCGGCACAUCACGACAAGCCCGCGGGCGCGGUUCUGGCUGAUGGCCGGGUUCUGCGUCCUCGGGGGCGUCGAGGUGUAUGGGUGGUACACUUUCGGACCAAAGGUGCUGGGGUGGGGGGAAGGGAGGAAGGGGGGUAAGAAUUUUCGAUGA